GCUUGUGAAGAGUUUGGGAGGUUAACCAGAAACAAGAAAAUACAUUUGUCUUUAUGCGUAACUGUGUACGUGUUGUCAGUCAAAAGAAACUGGAGGGAUGGAGGGAGCUGCCCGUCUGGCUCUGAAAACGGGCCUGUUUCUGUUCAGCGUCGUCGGACCUGUCAGCUGUGCGACAGCGGAGACGGUCAACGCCGAGAACAAGCUGUUGUGCUUUGGCGUGAACAACCAGAGCUACAUCUGCGAGUCAGGGCACUGCUGUGGAGAGUCGGAGUGCUGCAGCUACUACUACGAGUUCUGGUGGUUCUGGCUGGUCUGGACCAUCAUCAUCAUCCUCAGCUGCUGCUGCGUGUGCCACCACCGCCGCACCAAGCACCGCCUCCAGCAGCAGCAGCGGCAGCACGAGAUCAACCUCAUCGCCUACCGCGAGGCCCACAACUACUCCUCCCUGCCCUUCUACUUCAGGUUUCUGCCAAAUUACCUCCUGCCCGCCUACGAAGAGGUGGUGAACCGCCCCCCGACCCCGCCCCCGCCUUACAGUGCCUUGCAGACCGGCCCACCGGCUGGCGCCAGCCCCUCCACCAAUGAGCAAGCAGACGGGAUAUGCCCGCCCCGCCAGGCCACUCCCACCCCUCCCGCAUCUGACAGGCGCUCGUCCCGGCCGAGCAUAGAGGAGUUCGCCCCCCCGGCAGCCCUCUGCCAGCGGGGGGAGGGGAAGCUCCCGUCUGUGCAGUGUGCACAGUCGCACCUGCAGCCGGCGUCUGCGCAGGAGCUGCCUCCCGCCCGGGACAAGCAGGGCGAUCCCUGCAAGGAGCCGCUGAAGGACUCUGGGUCCGAGGGCUCCCCCGAAGACAAGGAGCGGACCCCAGGCCGGCACCGCCGCUUCACGGGCGACUCGGGCAUCGAGGUGUGCGUGUGCGGGCGGGGCCCCGACAGCGACGAGCUGAAGGAGCUGGAGGGGCUGCUGGAGCCCAUGGACUACUGCGACGGCUGCAGCUCCUGCGCCGCCCGGCCCCCGCCCGGGGACGAGGAGCAGGGCCACGCCCCCGCCGGCGAGGGCCACGUCCUGGAGCCCCUCCCCCGCGCCCCCGUCUGCCUCCUCCUCCACACCAUCAACGAGCAGGACGGGCCCCACGCGGCCUGCGGGGCCGACCCUCAGAGCUGAGCACCCCCUGCUGGGUGCAGAGACAGCCGCGAGACUGCGCUCGGCUCUCUGACUGUGUCUCUGUGUGUGGUGUGUGUGUGGGGCGUCACAGACUGGCCGCUCUAUGAUCGAGCGCAGUGCUCUCUCUCUCUCCCCCACAGGCCUGUGGCAGUGUCCACAGCGGGGGGAGGGGUUCCCCAUGCCUUUAAGACUGUCCCCAGUGAGACAAUGCAUUAAAUAGUAUUACAGAAAUAAACCAGCAGCUGGCGGUAUGAUGCUCACGGUACCACGCCCAGAGGCCGUGUUCAGAGUGGGAAAGACCCCUGAUCUCUGUGGGAGGGGGUGGACAGACGGACAGACAGACAGCCCAGUAAGAAGCCAGUUUCUGGACUCUUGGGUGCAGGCAGACACGGUCAGCCUCGAUGCUGGAUGUGUGCACCGCCACUGCAGUGCAGUUCUCUUCAUAACCACACACCUGUUAGCAUUGUGGAAGACCUGUUUGUUAGCACUGCCUUAAAGUAUAUUCAUAUCUACCUGGGUUGUCUGUGGCCCUAUUAGACUUUUGUAUUCUCCAUUAACAUUGUAAUGGGAAACUAAUCUACAACAAUGAGUAUAUGUGUAAUCAGAUUUAAUCUUGAAUAUAUCGUCUCAAAUGUCUGUACUUACUUUCUGCCGUAGAUUUUGGUUUUUCCAUCAGAUCUCGUUUGGCAGGGUUGUGUUCUCCGGCAGUUUGGAGUUGAGCUGGAGCCGUUGAGUUGCUGAGUUGAAGUCUUUUCUUUGUGCAAUUGAUUGGCAGUCACUUUCGGUUAUUAAUUGCUUGCACAGUGUAUACGUUUAUUUAUGAAAGAACAUGAAAACUUAUUACUUACGUUGCUGUCUAAUAUCUGCACAGCCAUAAUUCAGAUGAAGCGAUAUCGGUUUUGUAAGUAGACCUUUAAAAAGUCCAUUUAGAUUAUAUUUAAUGAACAAUAUUUAGCAAACGCAUAAUUAUCUUCAUUUGAGGGUUCUGAAUUAAAGCAGGUUUGAAGGACCUGCUGUCUGUGCCAUUGCAGUUUCAGAGAGUCGUUUCAGACGUCUACUCCACGGAAAGAAAUGGAAGGUUUCAUUACCUCUGUAUGGUCUGGUGAGCUGGGGACCGCAGCGAACCAAUAUAUCAUUCAUAAAGUUCCAACUUUUCACGUAGGUGUUCAAAUGGAGUGUGUCUCACAGAGGAUGUGUUGUUGCCUUUGAAAUGUUACUUAGGUUUAUGGCAUGGUCCAAAUCACAUUAGAUGUGUCCUGUUUGUAUUCAGAUGCAGUCUUUAGAUCUUUGCAGCGCAGACAGGACACUGGCAGAAGUCCCAUCCAGGGCAGGUGUUUGUGUAGCAGCAGCACCGGACUGGUCUCAGAGAUGUCCCAUGUUGCUUCAGUGCAGUGUCUGUUCAUAGCAUAGUUUCCUCUCCAUCUCAGGACACAGUCAGGGAUUUUGUGUCACUGAAAUGUGUAAAAAAAAAAAAAAAAUAAAAAAAAAAA